AUGUUCUCGCUCAAGUUCUACGCGGUCUCGUUAACCCUUGUUAUAACGGGACAUAUUAUGGUCCCAUAUUUUGAGAGCUGGCUGCUUGAUUCGGUAGAUUCUAAUAAUAACGACCAAGAUAAUGAUAAUAAUGAUAACAAGAAACAUUCAUCUAGAAUAGAUCUUUACGAUGCUCUUGUGCAAUCAUCUCGACAAUUUAUACGGAACAGAGUAGAUAGAAACAUCAUUUGCUCAAAAUGUGGGAACUCCAUUGUGACACACCCAAUUUACCGGUGCCCACAAUGCAAUUACAAUGCACUAUGUGCAACUUGCGAAGCCAUCUUGGAUCACGAUCGCUCACACGUUACCAUCAUUCAAAUGUCUCAAUAUUUCCCAUUUAACAUUUCUUCUCAUGAUAAACGGUUUCUUCCGCAGUGGCCAUUAGCUGCUCCAUCUGAAUUCCGGCGCACUCAUACUUUUGCAGACUUGUCUCCUAUGGUUUUCAAGGACCUUGUCGUAGGAACUGCCAUGCCGUCACAUGAAUGCGAGGGUCUUUUCCACUCGUUUACUCUCAUGGCAGAUACCUCCAUGCAACUUACCAGUGUAUGUGAAUAUACCUUUCGUGAUAAGAGCGUGUCUCUCAAAAAGGCCUUUAUAUAUUGGUUUGUACGCGAUACUGCUGAUAAUAAUCAACUACCUAUUCUCCCUGGUGUUUCGCGUAAGACAUUUGUAUUAAUGCUCCCUACGGCUUCAACUGGAGACGAGUACUUGGAGAGUAUAUAUUUCAAUAUGUAUGAUCUUCAUGGUGACGGAAUUGUGGAUUUUUACGAGUUUGUAAUUACAAAUAUUUCUCUAUUUUACUCACCAGAGUACGUUCGAGUUGCUCGUUUACUACGCGCCGUACAACAAACCGAAGGAUUUGUUUUGUCAGAAAAUUCAAAGAAGGAAUAUUGGCUAGUACAGGAGUGCAGAAUGACACCAGAAGUCGUUGUAAAUGCCCUUCGACGCGUUUUAUAUGGGUAUUAUGACGUUUCGCGUGCCAUGUUUGCUGACUCGAGCAAUUUGAUGGCAGCCGUUGCAGAAUUUGGACAAGAUAGACCCGAAGUUAAGCAUACCCCUAGAAACAACAUCAUUGACAUUAUUGAGGGUGGAAACCAAGCCAUUGAUACACGAGCUUCUACCAUAAAUGCAGGCGACGCGUUGGGGACCGAAGCAAUGAUUCGGCUAGCACACACCCGGCGGGUGGAACAAUUACUGGACUUAUUAUCAGAGGCCCUUGAAGAAAUCCCCAACUUGCCGAAAACAAAAAUUGGGGCUUUGGCAAAAACAAUCCGCGGACGAGUCCCGCAAAUGUUCCAAUGGCUCCGGGCCGUAGCGGAGGUCGGUGUUUUAUAA